CCUUUCCUUUCCUGGAGCUCUAGAGCCCUACGAGCUGCGACGGAGAAAAGGCACAAUGAAGACAAAUGCAGUAGCCAAAAACUGACGAGUAAAAUGAGCUAACAACCCCCAGGCGGAACUCCUUGUCAUCGAAUCUUAUUCGCCCUUUCGGCUCAAGUCACUUUGGGUUUCUCGCAAUCACAACGUAGGCGUGGUUGUCGGAAAUUCCAUUAGACUUUGGGGGUGCAAGCGAAGGACCAUCCACCUUCAAAUCUGGGGGGGGUCUUCUACGACUAUAAAAGCCACCCCUCCCCCCAGAUAAUCCACCAAACCCCAGCUUCUGCAUCUCUCGUUUCUCCAACAACCACUCCUUCAAAAAAAAAAACAAAAAUGUUCUCUCGUGCUUUUGCCACCACCGUAGUGAUGAUCGCUACUCUCACCACCUCAGUCACGUGCACCCCCACGGCCACCACUACUGGGAGCCAGUGCAACACCGGCUCUCUGCAGUGCUGCAACAGCAUCCAGCCUGCCACCUCCUCGCACGUCGCGAGCCUGCUUGGACUCCCCAGCAUCGUCCUCCAAGAUCUGGACGUCAACGUUGGUGUGACCUGCUCGCCCAUCACGGUCAUUGGACUGGGUGGAAAUAGUUGCACCGAGCAGACCGUUUGCUGUGACAACGACAGCUUCAACGGAGUCAUCGCCCUUGGCUGCACCCCUAUCAAUGUCGUCCUCUGAUCGCCCAGGACGCACAAUUAUUAUUUUUUUUUUCGUUCACGUUCUCUUUCGUAUUAAAAAAAAAAAAAA